UCCGUCGCCCAUCCCCGCGGCGCUGACAUCUGGGUUGUGGAUUCGGUGGUGCAGUUGUUUUGGGUACUUGCCGCCAUGAAGGACGUGCCGGGCUUUCUACAGCAGAGCCAGAGCUCAGGACCCGGCCAGGCCGCCGUGUGGCACCGUUUAGAGGAACUCUACACGAAGAAGUUAUGGCAUCAGCUGACACUUCAGGUGCUUGAGUUUGUGCAGGACCCGUGCUUUGCCCAAGGAGAUGGUCUCAUAAAGCUUUAUGAAAACUUCAUCAGUGAAUUUGAACACAGGGUGAACCCUUUGUCCCUGGUGGAGAUCAUCCUUCAUGUCGUGAGACAGAUGACGGACCCCACUGUGGCCCUCACCUUUCUGGAGAAGACCCGUGAGAAGGUGAAAAGCAGUGACGAGGCGGUAAUCCUGUGUAAGACAGCAAUCGGAGCCUUAAAACUAAACAUUGGGGACCUGCAAGUUACCAAGGAGACAAUUGAGGAGGUGGAAGAAAUGCUCAACAACCUGUCCGGAGUGACAUCCGUCCACAGCCGCUUCUACGACCUGUCCAGUAAAUACUACCAGACCAUCGGGAACCACGCCUCCUACUACAAAGACGCCCUGCGGUUUCUGGGCUGCAUUGACAUUAAAGACCUGCCAGUAUCAGAGCAGCAGGAGAGGGCUUUCACGCUGGGGCUUGCUGGACUGCUCGGCGAAGGCGUGUUUAAUUUCGGAGAGCUCCUCAUGCACCCUGUGCUGGAAUCGCUGAGGAACACGGACCGGCAGUGGCUCAUUGACACCCUGUACGCCUUCAACAGUGGCAACGUGGAGAAAUUCCAAGUCCUGAAGACAGCCUGGGGCCAGCAGCCUGACUUAGCUGCCAACGAGUCCCGGCUUCUGAGGAAGAUUCAGCUGCUGUGCCUCAUGGAGAUGACUUUCACACGGCCUGCCAACCACAGACAACUGACUUUUGAGGAAAUUGCCCAGAGUGCCAAGAUCACUGUGAAUGAGGUGGAACUGCUGGUGAUGAAGGCUCUGUCGGUGGGACUGGUGAGGGGCAGCAUCGACGAGGUGGACAGGCGUGUCCACAUGACCUGGGUACAGCCCCGGGUGUUGGACCUGCAGCAGAUCAAAGGCAUGAAGGACCGUCUGGAGCUCUGGUGCACAGACGUGCGGAGCAUGGAGAUGCUGGUGGGGCACCAGGCCUACGACAUCCUCACCUAGGG